AUGAGAGCGCACAAGAUGGAGGUGGCAGACGCGUGUGACAUGUUCGCAAGGAAGCGCCAGAGAGGGGUUUGCAUCUUGAGCAGCAUUAGAACUGUCACCAACAUCAAUCUCAGGCAAUGGACUUCUCCUGGUUUUGUCGUUACCCUCCACAAAAGGUUUGGGACCUUGUCCUUCUCGGGCUCCUUGCUUUUGCCGCUGGUUGCUUCCGAUUUGACCAUUUACCUGGCCAAUGGCCAAGGCCAGGUGGUGGGAGGAAGCGUGGUUGGAAUACUGGUUGCUUCGGGGCUUGUGGUGAUCAUGGUGUUGCUUCUGUUGUGCUCGUCCUUGGUGGCUUGGAAUUGGUGUUGCUGGUGGUGGUGGUGCAAGUGUAGAUCCCUUGUGAGAAAAGGAGGGGGCCGGGAGAGAGUGGGCAAUUAA